AUGCUGCUGACAAUUGUGAUAGGGUCCGUGGUGGCCGUUUUAACCUACAAGCUAGCCAGGCUUAUCAUCGAAGGGGGUCAGUUCCGCAAGAGCACCCGUUGCGAUGGGAAAGUGAUCCUCAUCACCGGUGCCAACACGGGCAUCGGUAAGGAAACGGCCCGGGAGCUGCUGAAACGUGGCGGAAAAGUGUACAUAGCAUGCCGUUCGCUGGAGCGUGCCAACCAGGCCCGGGAUGACAUAGUGGCGCAAACCGGACUCUCCGACAUCCAUGUGCUCGAGCUGGACCUAGCAUCGAUGGAUUCGAUUCGGCAGUUUGCACAAAGGUUUUUGGCUCAAGAAAAGCGGCUCGAUCUGCUGAUCAACAAUGCGGGAGUGAUGGCCUGCCCGAAAGCGCUCACAAAGGACGGCUUCGAACAGCAGCUGGGUGUGAACCAUUUGGGACACUUCUUACUCACCAAUCUACUGCUGGAUGCGCUCAAGGCGGCCGCACCCAGCCGUAUCGUGAACCUCUCCAGCUUGGCGCACAAGUACGGCAAGAUCAACCGGAAGGACCUCAACAGUGAGCAUUCGUACAACCAGGUGACCGCCUACUGCCAGAGUAAGCUCGCGAAUGUGAUGUUCACGCGGGAGCUGGCCAAACGGCUCGCGGGUACCGGCGUGACCACGUACUCCGUCCACCCCGGAACGGUCGACACGGAACUCCCUCGGCAUAUGGGAUCGUUCUUUUUCCUGUUCGAUCACAAACUUGUGAAACCCAUAUUGAGCGUUGCCUUCAAAACGCCACUGUCCGGAGCGCAGACAACACUCUACACGGCCCUGGAUGAAGAUCUCGCGCAGGAGAGUGGGAAGUACUACGCCGAUUGUCGUGAGCAAAAACUAAGCAAGUACGCCCGCGACGACGAGCUUGCCGAGUGGCUGUGGAACGAAAGUGCCAAGAUGACGAAACUGAGCGUGGGAUAGACGUCUUAGGUCAGAUAAGCUGAGGCUCGGCUGCGUUUGCGUGAUUCAGCGAAAACAUGUAACAGGUUGUAUCGGUCACAGGGUCACAGCCUACGUCUAUAAUUAGUCUAACGCUCUCUGGAAGUGGGGUAUAUUUUGAAUACUAAUGCCCGAAGGGAAUAAAAUAGGAUGCUGAGUUACUUUUUGUGUUGAGAAACAAAUAACCAGAGAUAUGGGACCGUCGCGCA